GUACGACUUGAAUUCAGUUGAGUUCUGGCUUUCGCGCGGUGUGGAUGCUAAAGCAGUUUUUCGUCGUUGAUUGUCCUGCCAUAGUGGCUGUUCAUAGUGAAAUACUGACUUGUUUGAGGGAAAUUAAGGGGGAGUGAGAGUAGCGUUAUCCUGUUGGAUAUUUUCCAGCGGUGGUGAUUUGCUUGUUUGGUGGAGAUUUCAGUCUGGAAAGCAAGAAGCACAGAUUGUUAUAGCCGACUGCGAGAAGGAAGGAAGGAAGAGAUUUUUAGCGCGUUUGCGCGCAAUUUUCCACCAUUCUACCGGUCGGAAAGUUGAAUGAGCAUGCCGUGAUCGAUAUUCGUUUGGUUGGAAAUGUGAUGAAAGGUUGAAUGGAAAUAGUGUCAUGUACACAAAGAAGCCGUUUCUCGCUCAGUGAACGACGGUCGGUGAUUGUACAUUGCCCUACCGUGUGUAACGAUAAGCAGCUGAACGACUGAAGAGAUACCAAUCUACACCACCACCGGAUCAAGGGGCAGAAGAGAUCCUUUUACGGCGACGAAGAACGACGUGUUGUGCCAGCAGCAGUGCCAGUGGUACCAUCCACAUGAAGGAAGAAGCAUAGCAGAAGUGCAGUGAUUUUGUCUUUUGUGUAACGAGCAAAGGAAGAGUUGAAAGUUCGAAGAAUAAGCCCACGGAGAAAUUUCCUGGAGACGAGUGAAGUGAGUCAUAAUAAAGAAAGCGCUUUCGGAUAUAAAAUAUUCACAAGGUGUGAGUGCUGGAUGAUUACCCGACGGUGCUACAAUUGAAGAAUUGGAGUUUGCAUUUCUAUUUAUGUAUAGAACACGGUUAGCGAGAAGAGCGCCGUUUCUUUGUGGAAAAAGUGACCAGUGGCCAAAGGUGUAAUUUAGAAAGCGAUUUUGAGAUUUAUUUUGAACAAGAUAUUUGGAAAAGAUCAUACAUACACUUUAGCGAGCGUUGGAGAUAACUGGCUAUAUUGAACUGAACUCAAAGAAAUAAUUCGCCAGUAAUGUGAGCACUUCAAUCGCGAUCAUAACGAGCCGACGCAGCAGGAUGCUGCCCCGCGAGUGGAAGUUCUAAACAAAUAAUUGCUAAUAAGCCAAAAGUGUGAAAAUUCUGCCACGCAGCAGCAUUGUGUGUGCGCUGUUAUAAUAUCAGCCCUUCGUGCCGGCGCGCGUGUUGUUGCUCUAAUCAGUGAAUGAAAUUAUCGAAAAUAUUCAAUUACCGAAACAAAAUCAUAACAGCCAAAGUGUAGUGUAUUUUAAUGUGUGCAGUGCUAAAAUGGCCAGCGCCACCAGGUUUUGGUCCAGCAGGUCGCCCCCAACUGGCGGAAUGUUGAUCCUAGCGGGGGCGGCGCUGCUUUUGCUGGGGUUGGCCGGCCAUUGCCAUUGUGAACCGUACGGCGGUGGUGGUGGUGGUGGCGGAGGUGGCAGCAUCGGAGGUGGACACUAUGGACUCAACGGCGAGAUGCGGUGCCCCAGGCUUUGCUCCUGUACCGGGCAGACGGUCGACUGUUCCCACCGAGGGUUGACGCAAGUGCCGAGGAAGAUCCCCCUGGAUACCGAUAGACUCGACCUCCAGGGCAACAACAUCACCGUCAUCUACGAGUCUGAUUUCCUGAGUCUGUCGAAGCUUCGAAUAUUGCAGCUGACUGACAACCAGAUCUACACGAUAGAAAAAGAUGCGCUAAUCGAUCUUAUUUCCUUGGAGCGAUUGCGACUUAAUAGCAAUCGCUUAAAAUCAAUACCAGAUAAUUUUUUAUCAAGCGCUGCUAAUUUAUUACGAUUAGACCUGUCGCACAAUGCUCUUUCCGCGAUACCAAAGCGUGCAUUCAAAGGCGCCACUUCACUGCGGAGCCUCCAACUGGACAAUAACCAAAUCACUUGUCUGGAUGAGCACGCUAUCAAAGGAUUAGCAGAACUGGAGAUACUGACACUCAACAACAACAACAUCACGGCCCUGCCGCGCGACAUGUUCUCCGGAAUGCCUCGCCUGCGGGCGUUGCGCCUCUCGGAGAAUCCGUUCGCGUGCGAUUGUCAUCUGUCUUGGUUGGCACGAUAUCUGAAGAACGCACCACGGUUGGCACCUUACACGCGAUGUCACUCGCCCAGCCAGCUCAAGGGCCAAAACGUGGCCGAUCUGCACGAACAGGAGUUCAAGUGCUCAGGUCUCACCGAGAACGCUCCCAUGGAAUGCGGCGGAAGGAGUCUCUGCCCACAUCCGUGUCGCUGUGCUGACGGCAUUGUUGAUUGUCGGGAAAAAAGUUUGACCAGUGUCCCUGCCACACUGCCGGAAGACACAACCGAACUGCGGUUGGAGCAAAAUUACAUCACCGAGAUCCCUCCGAAAGCGUUCGCGAACCAUCGCCGGCUCAAGCGGAUAGAUUUGUCCAAUAACAACAUUUCGCGGGUGGCGUACGAUGCCUUCAGUGGGCUGAAAUCACUUACUUCGCUUGUCCUUUACGGCAAUAAAAUCAAAGAUUUGCCGGCGAGUGUUUUCAAGGGAUUAACGUCCCUGCAGUUGCUACUGCUGAACGCCAACGAAAUCACGUGCGUGCGGAGGGACGCCUUCAAGGACCUUCAGAAUCUGAGUUUGUUAUCGUUGUAUGACAACAACAUCCAGACCCUGGCGAAUGGCACUUUCGACUCGCUGAAGAGCAUCCAAACUUUGCACUUGGCGCGUAAUCCCUUCAUUUGCGAUUGUAAUCUGCGAUGGCUCGGCGACUAUUUGCAUCAAAACCCAAUCGAGACCAGCGGCGCCCGGUGUGAUUCGCCGAAGCGCAUGCAGCGACGCCGCAUCGAGGCACUGAAGGAUGAAAAGUUCAAAUGCACGGAGGACCAUAGCAAAAUAAAGUACGCCGGAGAGUGUCGAAUGGAUCAGGAAUGUCCGGCUGCUUGCCACUGCGACAGAACAACCGUGGAUUGCUCAGCUCGUGGGCUGAAAGAAAUCCCUCGGGAUAUUCCACUUUACACGACAGAACUCAUACUUAACGACAACGAGCUGACCCGGGUUCGCUCGGAUGGCCUAUUUGGACGACUGCCGAACCUGGUGAAGCUGGAUCUUCGCCGGAACCAGAUCACAAACAUCGAAGCCAAUGCUUUCGAAGGUGCCACCAAAAUUCAGGAGUUGUUCAUGAGUGAAAACAAACUCGCCGAAGUGCACAACAAGAUGUUCCUGGGGCUGCAUCAGCUCAAGACGCUAUCUCUUUAUGAUAACCUCAUCAGCUGUGUGAUGCCAGGAUCGUUCGAUUUUCUAUCAUCGUUAACUCAACUAAAUCUCGCAUCAAACCCCUUCCGUUGCAACUGUCAUCUGGGGUGGUUCUCGGAUUGGCUUCGUAAGAAGCAACUAGGUGGACCUCCGGCUCGCUGUGCAUCGCCGGCCAAAGUGCGCGAUGUUCCCGUUAAGGAUUUGCCUCAUUUCGAGUUCAAGUGUACCUCCGAAGCGGACCAGGGAUGCCUCGGCGAGGGCUAUUGUCCUCCGUCGUGCACCUGUACCGGAACGGUGGUACGCUGUUCGCGGAAUAAGCUGAAGGAAAUCCCCAAAUCAAUUCCGUCCGAAACGACCGAACUGUAUUUGGAGUCGAACGAAAUUUCUAUGGUUCAUACGGACAGGAUCAGUCACCUGAAGUCGUUGACGCGAUUGGAUUUGAGUAACAACAAGAUAGGAAUCCUCUCCAACUACACGUUCGCCAAUCUGAGUCGGCUCUCAACACUGAUCAUCAGCUAUAACAACCUUCAGUGUAUACAACAGUACGCACUUGCUGGGCUGAAACAACUGAAAGUGCUCUCGCUGCAUGGCAAUCACAUCUCCAUGAUUCCCGAUGGAACGUUUUCGGACCUGCAAUCCAUCACUCACAUAGCCCUUGGCAGUAACCCGCUGUACUGUGACUGUUCUCUGAAAUGGUUGUCGGAGUGGGUAAAACGGGACUAUGUGGAACCAGGUAUUGCACGUUGCGCCGAGCCAGAGAUGAUGAAGGACAAACUCAUCCUGUCAACGCCAGCCAGUCAAUUCCUUUGCAAAGGAAAGGUUAGCAAUGAAAUUCUGUCGAAGUGUGACGCUUGCUACACAUUCCCAUGCAAGAACGAUGCCGUUUGUAAGCCACUUCCAGAGCGGCAGUACGAGUGCCAGUGCCCUCCGGGUUAUCAUGGAGCGCACUGCGAGUUCAUGAUCGAUGCCUGCUACGGCAAUCCGUGCAGGAACAAUGGAACUUGUACGGUUCUGGAGGAAGGACGGUUCAGCUGUCAGUGCAUGUCCGGAUAUUCAGGAGCCAGGUGUGAAAUCAACAUCGAUGAUUGUACAAAUCACAAAUGCUUGAACAAUGGAACAUGUGUGGAUGGAGUUAACUCCUACAGUUGUGCCUGCAUUCCCGGAUUUACCGGAGAGUUCUGCGACUCGAAGAUUGAGUUCUGUGGGAAGGAUUUCAAUCCUUGCCAGAAUGGUGCGAAAUGUGUCGAUCGUUCUACCCACUACAGCUGCGAGUGUACUCCAGGCUAUCGGGGGCUUAACUGCUCGGAAAACAUUGACGAUUGCGUCAAUCAUAUGUGCCAGAAUGGUGGAACCUGUAUCGACGGAAUCAACGACUACGUUUGCAAGUGUCCUUCUGAGUUUACCGGAAAGUUUUGCGAAGGAACACCGAUGGUGGCAAUGCUGUACCCGCAGACUUCGCCAUGCCAGCACCACGAGUGCAAGUAUGGCGUUUGCUUCCAGCCGAAUCCAGCUAGCGCCGACUACGUUUGCAAAUGUGGUCCAGGCUAUUCUGGAAAACGAUGCGAGUAUCUUACAAGCUUGACUUUCUUGCAUAACAAUUCCUUCGUGGAGUUGGAACCGCUGCGAACGAAGCCAGAGGCGAAUGUGACCAUCGUCUUCAGCAGUACGCAGCAGAACGGAGUGUUGAUGUACGAUGGAAACAAUGAUCAUCUUGCGGUUGAGCUGUUCAACGGUAGAAUACGCGUCAGUUACGAUGUCGGAAACUAUCCAGUUUCCACAAUGUACAGCUUCGAGAUGGUAGCCGACGGAAAGUACCAUAUGGUGGAACUCCUGGCCAUCAAGAAAAACUUCACGCUUCGUGUUGAUCGAGGUCUAGCUCGAUCGAUUAUCAACGAGGGAUCGAAGGAAUAUCUCAAGCUGACGACUCCGAUGUUCCUCGGGGGUCUACCGCCGGAACCUGGUCAGCAGGCUUAUAAGCUGUGGCAUCUGCGGAAUUUGACCAGUUUCAAGGGAUGCAUGAAGGAGGUCUGGAUUAACCACAAACAGGUUGAUUUCCAGAACGCUGCGCGCCAACAGAAGGUUACGCCAGGCUGUGCUCUUCUGGACUCCGAAAAUGACGGCGAAGUGGAGGAAGACUUCAUGCAGGAAACACCUAUGAUUCUGAAGGAGGUGGACCCAUGCGAGAACCAUCAGUGCAAACGAGGUGGCAAGUGCAUACCGAAUGGACGAGGAAGCUACUCGUGCAAGUGUAAAAACGGGGCCAAGGGCAAAUUCUGCGACCAAGGUGAGGGCACGGUAUCGGUAGUCAUCGACGAGGACCCGUUCAAAGCUCCCUCUUCCGCAGGAUCAUCCACGUGCCGGAAAGAGCAAGUGCGCGAGUACUACACCGAAAACGACUGCCGCUCGAGGCAGCCCCUCAAGUACGCCAAAUGCGUCGGCGGUUGCGGAAACCAGUGCUGCGCCGCCAAAGUCGUACGACGAAGAAAAGUACGCAUGGUGUGCAGCAACAAUACCAAAUACAUCAAGCACCUGGACAUCGUGCGCAAAUGCCAUUGUACAAAGAAAUGCUACUGACUGCAAGACGCGACUACCCGAACAACAUCAACAACACCAAUACCAGCAGCAGUGCAAGUAGCAGGAUUCGAUAGUGUAGGAUUAGGAUCAACUAGGUUAGACGAUAGUGUAAGCAGAAACGUUAGUACUAGCGAGAAGUGGGUCAAUUUCGAGACCGAUUUCGAUGAGGAAGAUAUGAUGCAGAACGAUGACGCAGGGGUGGGUGGACCGAUGGACGACGGGUCCAACGAACCGAUGGAUGACUUCCAGAAGAUCAUGAAGCAACUACAGCAGUUGCAGACGAAGCCGUUGUUCACGCAAGAUGAGGAAGAGGAGGUCAAAGAGGAUGAUGAUCUGUUCGACGACGAGGAUUAUGAAGACGCUCAUUCGGUGGUCCAGAAACAAAAACAGAACGAUCAGGAGAGUAAAACAAAAGUGUUUGACGAUGAGGAUGACGACUACUAUGACGAUUAUAGCGAUGAGGAAUUCGAUGGUAAGAAAAGUGAACAGAAGAGUAAAUCGCCUGCUGGAUCGCCAUCGGACAGUACAAAUGUGAUGCAAGAUUUCAUAAAAGGAAAGACGGCGGCGCAUCGGUUCAAGUCUCGAUUUGACGAUUUUGCUGACGAUGGUGAGGAGCUGUUGUCGUCUGGUAGUCGCAAACUUCGAAAAAAUGACUCAAUUAAGGUAAUCUCGACACCGAAUGGGAAGGUAGGAAUUGUAUAUAAAGUAGAACCAAAAUCUCCCGAGGAAGAUAAGUCAAAGAAGUCAAGCGAGAGCCAAAGUGGAGGAACCUUGGAGGUCCAUCAGAAAAUUACGCCGGUAAUGACGGCCGAUGGUAAGGUGGCUCUUCUGUACCGUGGUGCCUCGGAUAACAGCGAAACGUUCCGGAACAAGUAUGAACCCAUUACCAAUAAGGACAUUUUGACACAACUGAUCGACAAUAAUAACAAGAGUACUACUAGUAGCAGUAUCAGUAAUGUUCUCAACAGUAUUAAAAAUAUUACCACAAAAAAUAGUAUUUAUAAUAGUAAUUACGAUAGUUAUGAUAGUUUUAAUAGAAACAGCAACAAUGUGAUCAUAGACCCGGCGACGAUCGAAUCUGAUUCGGUCGAAAGCUCCGUCAACAAUAGACAACUGACAAAUGGGGCCCAUCCGGACCCCGUGUCUCACGAAUCGAGUUCGUCACACGUGACGGAUCAACAAAGUACUUUUACUACUACUGCCACUAUGACUACUGUUAGCACUACUACAACGAUAGCGUCGCUAUCUCGUCCGGAAGAUGACACGCUGAACCCAAGUUCCGAUGAGAAUGAUCAGGAACGCCAAGAGAACACACUUCAGAUCAACCGGCCUCUUUCGGAGGUUUUAGGCAUUAAGAAAAACUUGUACCUAGACGCUAGUGUAAAAAUACCAAAUAUAGAAACGUCAACCCACAAAAUGAGAAUUACCAACAGUAACAACCUCCUGUCGUCGUUACUGAGCAGCAUUAACGGCAACGACAAUAGCACCGGUUCCAACAGGAUAGUAAGUAACUAUCUUAGUAAAAACUUCCGAAACAAUGCCAACAUCGAAUAUGAAGACAGACUGGCCUCGGGGGAUCGACGAGGAUUCAGUGUCAACGGAUACAGCCAGUCUAGGUUCUCCAUAAACCGACGAACCACGCCACCCUUACCACCUCGAAUAAUCAAAGAAGAAAGCGAGGAAGAGUGGACCAAUGACAACUCGGUCCCCGAAGUGAUUAACCUGGCCAUCAUUCCCGCUUUCGAGCAUGAAAUCGAAGAAAAGUACCUUCGACCACACGGAGAUGACCAUUACUAUCGGAGGCACAAGCACCACUACAACAACGUAGCCCCAGGGCAUCCCACCAUGCAUUGCGCCAUGCAGGUCAUCGUGGCCUGCGUUGUCAUGGGAACAUUCUUCGGCAUAGCUGGGGCAUUCUUUCGAUCCAGGAUCAUCGAUCAGAUUCGAAUCCUCACCUGGUAGAAUUUGCACGGUAUUCGGUUGAGAAUGGAACCUCCCAGCAAUGGUACUAAACGGAAUUAUCAGAACUAUGUCUACCAGCUUCAUUGCCAUCUGACGGUGAGCUAGUAGAGCGCAUCUCAAUUGAAUACCACCCAACCGCUGUUGAUCCCUUAAGCUGAGCUUAAUCCUCCUAACCGUAAGAUAUACAAAUAUGUGACUGUGUGUGGUGGUACUCUAAUGUCGUAUUGAAUGUCGUAGUUUAGAUGAAUCCCCAUCAAGCUAGGGAAAUCACUUGACUGGCCCAGUAGCUACAACUCAUCGGCAUCGAACGGUGCCUAAGAAACCAAAAGUUCUAGUGAAAAGGUUUGCAUUACUUCAACAAAACUAUUUCCAUCGAGUUGACCAAUAUCUCUAGAUUGAGUUUAAAUAAGGGCGAAAGUAACAUGAGAGAGUUCUCUUUAUCGACUCUCUCUUCUGCAAAUUAAAGUGACAAGAUGCAAAUUUAAUCGAACUUUUUUACACUUAGACGCUAGAUUGCAUCGCAACCUAGCGAUUUAUGACCAAAAAGUGCAACCAUACUUGCAUCUUGUCACUUUAAUUUGAGGCAGAGAGAGUCGAUGAAGAGAACUCUCUCAUGUUACUUUCGCCCUUAUUUAAACUCAAUCUAGAAUCUUUCUAAUGGUUGUUCAGAAUUAAAUUCGAAUAGGGUACCGCACUCAAAAUUUGCACUGACACAUGUAAAGUAUACGUGUGCGCUAUCUUAACUAGAAAGAACUUCAACUUCUUUUUUUUAAUUUGUGAGAUUUUUUGGACCUUUAGAAACCAUCUUCAGUGUUCACAAUUUCAUCGGAACUUAUUAUUGGAGUUUUGUUGCAUGUGUCUAUUCUCCAACUGUUGUGUUCUUAUUUAAUAGCCAAGCAGGUUGAAAUUUUAUUUUGGAAAAUAUGACUAUAUCUUUGAAACUUGAACUUUUGAUUACUUGGGAAAACCCAAACUAAAUGUGUAAGGUAACAAAACCAAGUGUCUGGAAGAGUAAAACAAGUCGAUUCAUCCACCCAAACGACAGUCGAUAGUCCUGCUUCUGUUAUUUCAUUAUCGAAAUCGGAAACGACAUGGUUAAUUUAACGGAAAUGCAAUUGUUAUAUAGCUAGUAUUAAAACUAAUUUAUUGGACGAAAAAACAAAAUGUCACCUAUGUCAAUAAUUGUAACAUAUUUUUGUACAUCUCACUUGCCAUUCAAUUCCACGUUACAUUGUCACAAACUCAUCUGAAAGAAACUAACAAGCUUCAUCUGUAACGACAGCCAUGUUUCAAUUGAACACAACAUGACGAAAACAAAAGAAAAAUGAACACAACACACACAAAAAGGGUAGUCGCGUAAAAGCAAAACGUUAUUUUUAUCGAAGUCAAAAGAUAGAAAUCGAACGAGCAUUUAUUUAACUGAUAGGGUACGAAUAGACAACUGUUUUUAAUUGGAAUAGCAGAAUGGAGGAAUGUCGAUGCGAGAAUACGGAAAAACAGAACGAACGAACUAACAAAACUGUAAAUCUUGCCUUUUUGAAAACGAAGAAAAUUUGAUAGAAACGAACGAUCAUCCAACAGAACAGAUUAUCAAGAAGGAGGAAAAUUUAUCAAACAAAUAUUUUUUAACCGCUGGAGCAUGAGCAACAUGCAAGCAUAUAAAUUGGAAGGUAUAUUUUAUCAACAGUGCGAAAUUGUAGCUAAUGAAAAAUCCUGUUGAUUAGUUUUGGCAGAGAGUAUUUAUUAUCAUUAUAUUUCUGAUUUUAGUUCUCAUCUGACGAGAGAAAAACUUCUAUACUCAUCUAACUAACCGUAAAGAUGUGUCUCCUAAUGUAUCCUGUAGACUCUGUAACAUCAUCGUUACGAACUCAUGGUAAAGGAAAGUUAGAAACUAAGAAGAGGCGGACACGGCCUCAACGCCACGCAUCUGACGAAAAUAAAAAUCAUUAAACACUGUAACUUUUAAUCGAAUAUACUCAGAUGCAUUUCUACCAUACUAUUCCAACCCUCACUAUUCUGUAUCCUUUACAACCACCAUCGUCAUAAUCAUUUCCCCCUCUCUCUCUUUAGAGCAAACCACAGCAGAGAUAUAAGACAAACCUAAAAACAGAAAAGAACAAUCGAACGAUGUAUUGAUGGUCUACUAGAAGAAGUUACUUUAUCAUACGUGAAUGUUAAUAAACGGCUAAAUAUUUAUCAUUUCCUUUCUAUUACGCGAGAUUUCAUUCAACUUCGGACUGCUAUUAGGUAUAGAUGUUGCCAUUAAUAAGCAUUUUCUUUUGAAUUUCAACAUUGAGCUUUAUGUUAACCUGUAUUGUUACAAAACGUAUUAAAUAACUGAACUUGCUCUUUUUAAAUUAUCGAAAUUGAAUAUUAUUUUAUUUACUCCAUGUAUUAUACAAAUAGCAGCUAAAAUAUACUGUCAUAUACAGAAACUUUA